AUCAGGCGGUAUUUUAUCUGAAGAUAUUUAUUAGAAACUACAAAACUGGAAAGAAAAUGUAUCAACAUGUUUAAUUAAAACAGUGUAAAUGAUGGCGUGUUUGGGUUCGGGACGUGCGUGUAUUCGCGGGUUUGAGAAAUUUUGCCUGCUGACACAAAACACACAAAUCAAGAAGAAAUCAGCUUCAUAUCUACAAUUUAAGCAAAUUGGAAUUCAUCCUCUCGCAAGGACUUUCGUUCAAAAUUGUCAGAAUCAAUGUACAUAUUUAACUGCAGAAUGCACAGCUACCGCUUGUCCCUCGUUAUGUAGAAGAAUUACGACGUCAUCACAUACAACAGAUCAAACCUCUGGCUCGAGUAUACGUCACUAUUCUACCGAAUUGCCUGAUUACCAAACCGUCGAUCCUUACACCUUAUUAGAGGAUGAUUUAAAAUAUAUAUUCAGAGAUAUUAGACAAGAAUUAAGAUAUAAUACAAAUCAAGAUGAACUGCAUACGAUAGCUACGUAUUACUUCGAUGGCCAGGGAAAAGCAGUCAGACCUAUGGUGGCUAUUCUAAUGGCUCGUGCCAUCAAUUACCAUUUAAACAAAGAUAGUCUUUCAGAAGCACAAAGACAGGUUGCUAUGGUUUCUGAAAUGAUACAUUCAGCUUCGCUUAUACACGAUGACGUCAUCGAUCAGUCAGAAUUACGCCGGGGUAAACCAAGUGUCAAUGUCUUAUUUAAUCAUAAAAAGGUCGCUAUGGCUGGAGACUUCGUUUUGGCAGUUGCUUCCAUGAUGAUUGCUCGCCUUAAAGACAACGAUGUUACAUUAACUCUCAGUCAGGUUAUCACAGAUCUAGUACAAGGAGAGUUCAUGCAAUUGGGCGCAAAAGAAACAGAAAAUGAAAGAUUUGCUCAUUACUUGACGAAAACAUACAGAAAAACGGCUAGUCUAAUCGCAAAUGGUUUAAAAGCUGAAGCCAUGUUAGCCGGAGCCGACCCAAAACUCUCGGAGGUCGCUUUCGAAUACGGAAGAAACGUCGGUAUCGCAUUCCAGCUGGUCGACGAUUUACUCGAUUUUGUCUCCUCGACAGACGCGAUGGGUAAACCAACUGCUGCCGAUUUGAAACUCGGUUUGGCCACCGCACCCGUAUUAUUUGCAUGUGAAAAGUUUCCGGAACUGAACCCGAUGAUAAUGCGCCGAUUCCAAGAACCAGGCGAUGUAGAAAAAGCUUUCGAACUGGUACACAAAUCGCAAGGUCUAGAACAGACUAGAUUUUUGGCCAAGAAACACUGUAUGGAAGCUGUUCGUUUAGCUGGUUUGAUAUCAGAAUCGCAGUACCAGAAAGGUUUAUUGGUUAUGACGGAUUUGGUGUUGAACCGUCUGAAGUAGCAGACCAUCUGUCCAUACUAUGUAUACCUAUAUGUUUUGAAGCAUACCGGAUUAUAUAAAAAGAAAAAAUCUUUUAAGUGCAAUCUAAUUGUAUAGAUUAUUAUUUAAUCAUCUUGUUGGUUAUUAUUAUUUUUUCUUCGCAUUUUGAUUUCACUUUAUUCUCAAACCAAUCAUAAGUGUCGUUCGAAUAAAGUGUAAUCAAAAAUAAAUUAUAUCGAUUGUCACCGACUUUUUUUUGUUUGUUACUUUAAUCGUCUAUCACUGUUGCACUAACACUAAAGGGAUACCACGCGAAAAUCAUAAGGAUAAUUUAAUUAUCUUAUGACGACCGUUUAUUAAGAUCGUUUUCAGUUACGUUUCCUUAGUAGUAUUUUCUUUUCUAUUAUUUAAGUUGAAUUGGAAUCGAAAAUGAUUUUUUUAAUUUAUUGUUCAUCAAACUUUUCAAAUAGCUUGGAUUGAAAAUUUUUCCAUCAUACUGUCGCCCCCGAUGGUGCAUUACUUUUUUUUUUUUGCUCAUAUACAAUGUUAAUUUAUUUUAAGUAUUUUUUUACCCUUUUGAGUUGAUUCUUUGUUGGGUGGAAAGAUCGUGUUUUAUUUAUUUGUAAAAAUAAAGACUGUGUAAUUUAGGUGAUGAUUUUUAUACGGGUGCUUCGUACUGUCAUUAUUGAAAAAAAAUCGAUUCAACAUUUUUUUUUGUUAUUUUUUUAUCAUUGGUGUUGCUGAAAUUGUACGAUUUUUAUUUUUUUUUUAUCAAAUCGAAAUCAUCAUGACGAGACGAAGUUACCGAUGCAUUGAAAGGGUACGUGAAAUGUAUUAUCGUUAUCGUAGAGUUAUGUAGUAUAAGGUAUUUGUAUAUAUUGCAUAUUUUCAUCAUUUUAUACUGCCAGUUUUACUAAUUACGAAAAAAAAGCUAAAAAAUAUCCAAUUGAAUCAAACAAUGGUAAUUUUAUAAAUAUGCAAUUUGUAAUUGUUUCGUUCAAAAUGUACCUGUACUUGAUGCUCGUAAUUCCAAUAGUUUAUGUUUUCAUUCGAUAGCAUAAAAUGCAUUUUUUCCCCUCGUCAAACAUUUUUAAUUUUUUUUUCUUAGUUAUUAAAACGUAGUUACAAUUUUAUGUUAUUAUUAUUUUAUUAUUUUUUUUAUAAAUAUUUUUGUUUUAAUUCAAAAAAAAAAAAAUCGAUAUAAAAUUACAAGAUGAUUAGUAUUCGCAGUAUUAAAUUUUGGACUGUUUAAUAAUCAUUUCUACGAAGUAAAUUAAUUUUCAAUUCGGUCCAUUGGGAUUAAUUCUUUCAAAUAGAUACCUUUUUGUAAGAUAUUCUUAUUAUUUAGUUUUAAGUUUUAGUUAAAUACAAUAUACCUUAUUGUUAUUAUUUUUUUUUAUUCUACUUAGAAAAAACUAACAAUUUUACGAUGUAGUUGUCAUCUUUAUUGAUGUGUUUAUCACACAAAAUGGAUAAUUUUAUUUGUUAAAUAACGAAUCAACUGCCAAAUAAAAAAGUUAUUUUCAUCGAAGUAA